AUGCGUUGGUUCUCCACUUUGCUUGCCCUGGCCGCGACAGGCGCAUUGCAGGUAAAUGCCCGGGAUGCCACAAUCCUGACAUUUCCUCCUGGAUCCAAAGGUCCGCUCCACUCAGCUCCCAAACAGCAAGAACUUUCCCAGGAGGAAGCUCGACUUGUCUUGGAGCUUCGCAUGCAGUCAUCCGUGGCAUCGGUCCUCGGAGUUGUUGAUGCAGAUACAGUAGGUCACUUGAACCAUUUCGCCGACAUUGACUCUGCUCUUUUCGGCGGAUCUAGCAACCAACCCAUUGGGAAGAGUUUGUUGAUCCUGGAGGGGGUAGAGCAACGCACUGCUUCGGAAUUGCAAAGGAGUCAACCGGCCCAUAUAGUUGUUUCUCAAGUCUCCUCCAAAUUCAUCGAUACGGAUUUUCUGAAAUCGUGCCUUGAAGUUGGGAAUCACGGACACUAUUGUGCAUGGAACAACGGCGAUGGAGUUACAUCGAUGAAGGCCCAGACUUUGCCGGAAUGCCUAUCUCAGGACCCCAUGCUUGCUGGACACCUCGGCUCAUUCGACCGUGGCUCCCUGACCGUGAUUGAUUCCGUGCAAGAUUGGACCAGUGUAGACAGUCAAAUUUCCAUCCUGAAAUUGUCGUUCAAGUCGCAGGGUUCAAGCAGCUCUGUUGCUGAUUCCCGGUUGUUACGGUCUUUGAUUAAUCACCUGACGAAGCUAUCGGCAUCCAGCCAACGUGAAGUCACAGCCGUCAUCUUACCACCAGGCUCUACAUCUGUCACACUCAGCCGCCGAGGCGACAAGAGCAUUCGGUCAUCCGUUGGUAGCCAGAAUAUUGCCCAACAGUCCACCCAAGACUCAUCUUUACUAUCAACUCUGGCGCCUGUUUGCCAUUCCUCAAACUCCUCAUGCGCCGAAGCAACCAGAAAUUGCUCUGGGCAUGGCUCUUGCUAUCUCAAGUUUGGAACCGGUGCUGAGGGAACCACAGGUAAUUGCUACGCAUGCAAAUGUCAACAGAGCAUUGUGAAGAACAGCGAUGGCACCACAAAGACUAUUCAGUGGGGUGGCUCCGCCUGCCAGAAAAAAGACAUCAGCUCACCCUUUUUCUUGGUUGCGGGUGUCAGUCUUUUGGCCAUCCUCCUGGUUGGUAGUGCCAUCAGUAUGCUCUUCAGCAUGGGGUCGCAAAAGCUGCCGAGUACAAUCAGUGCUGGUGUAAGCAAUCCUAGAAGCCAGAUGUGA